CUUUCACCUAAUCCCACGCAGAAUACCGAAACAAAGAAAAGCAAUCAAUUCAGCGCAGGCAAUUCAAUCUAGUGCAGACGAUUCAGAGAUUAAUACUUGAGAGUUUAAUGGCGAGGAUAAAACCUCAAGCUCUUCUAUUGCAAAGCAAAAAGAAGAAGGGGCCGAGUGGCGUCAGUGUUACUACAAUUAUAGUAUACAUCCUAAUUGUUGCUGUGAUGGUGUUUUCCCUAUAUUCUACGUAUAGAUACUGGUUUCGAAGAUCAAUUGUUCAGACACAGGAUGAUCUAUCUACCAGCAAGGCUAUUGAGCGGAAUAAAUCUGAUAUUCCUAAAUACGCUCUUAUAAGCACCUCGAAAGGCCUGAUAACCGUGGAACUUUACAAGGAUGGUUCUCCUGACAUUGUUGAUGAAUUCAUUGACUUCAGUCGGAAGGGCCACUUUAAAGGGGUGCAAUUUACUCGUGUAAUCAAGAACUUUGUCAUCCAUGGUAGUAAAGUUGAAAGACCUGAAGCUACAGAAGAAUGGACUUCGAGGGGAAAACAUUACAGCCAACUCGACAAAAGUCUUAAUCACGAAGCAUUUAUGCUUGGUACUUCCAAGGUAAAACAUGAAGGUGGAGGAUUUGAUCUAUUUAUUACGACAGCACCAAUCCCAGAUCUAAAUGACAAGAUUAAUGUCUUUGGACGUGUCAUCAAGGGAGAAGAUGUUGUGCAGGAAAUCGAAGAAGUAGAUGCAGAUGACCACUAUCGACCCAAAACUCGUGUGCAGAUCAAUGAAGUUACUCUGAAGCAGAGAACUUGAACUAUGCUGUGUCCAUAAGAUGCAGUUACUUGACGUUGAUGGACAAAGCAGGCAGCAACAUAUGAUUGCAAAUAUCUGUCGAAUAUUUUAUUUCCUCGAAGUUGACAUGCUGCAGCUUGCUAUGGUAUGUGCAGAAGAAAACUUUCAUUACACAAUACAAAUAUUCAAAAGACGGUAAUUCAAGAGUUCUCAUCCAAGAUUCCGCGUAGACAUUUAUGAUCACAAAUCAACAUAUCAGGAGGAGCUGCAGGAUUAAUUUAAUUUUCAAAGCUAUAAGUCCUAGACUAGAAAGAAAUUUGUUUGGUGUUAAGUCAGCUCUACUAGAUGCAGUUGCUCAGGUAUCCGAUAACUAACUCCUGGAUUUAGAUGAUAUGUGUGGAUGUAUCGUGUCGAGAUGUUGAUUUGUUUUUUGUGUCAAUGAAGUGAAGGUAUUUGUACGUGUUCGA